CCUCCCUCCCCCCUCCCCCCCUUCCCGCAUGGCCGUGGCCGUGUCCCCGGCGCCGCGGGUGCCCUUCUCGCCCGCGCCGCGCUCGUUCGCGGCGCUGCCGGGCGCCCAGAGCGGCGGCGCGGGCCUGCUGGGCUGCGCCGCAGCCGGGGUGGCGCAGGCUCCCGCGGACAUCUGGUACGGCUCCAGGGUGGGCAUCGUGUCCUGCCGGGAGCAGCGCUACGUGGCCGCGUUCCCAAGAGGCGCAGGCCAAGCGGGCGCUGGUGAUGGUUUCCGGCCCUGGAAGUGUCUGGGUUCCACCCCUUCCGCGGGAACGACGCCGCGGACCGGCUAGCAGAGUGCCCGUCCGAGUGGGUCAUUCUGCAGUUCAGCUCCCGUCAGCACCGCGGUCCUGUGCGGCUUGGCGACGAGGUCUGUUUCGCGAAGGAGCU